GAGAAGAUGGGUCCAUGAAAAGUCUAAUAUAUGAAUUUGAUGUAUACUAGCAUUUCAUCGUUUGCUUUUACACCUCUUAUUAUGAUGUUUUCUCUCUCUGCUGUCUGUCUCUCAGCCUAAAAAUCGCUGUCUUUCGGUCUGCAUACCUAUCAUCAUCACCAUCCCUCUUUCUGAAAACUCUGUCACCAUGAGAGUGAGAGCCAAACUCCUGUGAUCGCCACCACCCUCUUCAUCAAACCCUUCUACCAAACACAACAAGCUCAGACAAACACAUCAACAAAGAGAGUUUGAUGAUUCUGGGACUGAUUCUGUCACCCUCCUAAAGCCUUGCAUGAAUGAAUGAUAAUACUACUCACAACAUCACAACACCAACAACAACAUCAACACCACAACACCCUGUUCUUCUACCAUGGCCUUCCCUCCCUCUCACACCUUCAUGUUCCAAACCCAUGAAGAUCAUGACCACCACCAACUCCACCUACGCUCCACCUCUUCCUCCCUCAACGCCUUCCCCUCUUUCCCACCCCAUCACUUUCAAGGGGGUGGUGCAGGUGCAGGUUUCAUGAUGAAGCGAUCGAUGUCGUUUUCAGGCAUAGAGAACAAGUGCGAUGAAGUGCAUGGAGACGACGAGUUGUCAGAUGAUGGAUCUCAGCUAGGAGAGAAGAAGAAGAGGCUGAGUUUGGAGCAGGUGAAGGCACUUGAGAAGAGUUUUGAGUUGGGGAACAAGCUUGAGCCUGAGAGAAAAAUGCAGCUUGCCAAGGCUUUGGGGCUUCAACCGAGGCAAAUCGCUAUAUGGUUCCAGAAUAGGAGAGCAAGGUGGAAGACCAAGCAGCUUGAGAAAGAGUAUGAAGUUCUAAAGAAGCAGUUUGAAGCUGUGAAAGCUGAUAAUGACUCCCUCAAGGCUCAAAAUCAGAAGCUACAUGCAGAGCUACAAACUCUGAAAAAUAGGGACUGCUGUGAAACCGGAACAGUAAUUAGCCACAAGAAAGACACUGAGGGUUCUUGGAGCAAUGGAAGCAACAACAGUUCAGAAAUCAACUUGGACCUCUCAAGAACACCAGUGAUGAACAGUCCUGUGUCUUCUCAGAAUGGAAAAAGCCUUCUACCAACUUCCCACAAGCCAACAACCAUGACUCAACUCCUCCAAAGCUCAUCAAGAUCAGAUCUCCAAGAUGAAAGCUUCUGCAACAUGUUCCACAACAUUGAUGAGCAGCAGAAUUUUUGGCCCUGGACCGAGCAGCAGCACCAGUUUCAUUAAUCGAAAAACUUGAUUUUGGAUAUUAUAAAUGAUUUGAAGUUGAAAGGUUGUGAGAAGUAAUUAAGUUCAUUAAUUAGGCUUAGCUCAACUUUUUUUUUCUCCCUACCAGUUUUUCGGUUUAUGCUUAUGAUGUAGAUUGGUGUAUAAAGAGUUUGAACACAUUUACUUGAGUCAUGAUCAAGAGAGGUGGUGAACUUUGAAUA